CUUUAAUCAACACCCCUUCCUUGACGCCAAGAUCUGUUUUCUACUCUUUCCGUCUCUUUCAACUUCAAACACUCGUUUUCUCUCCCUUGAAUGAUACACAAACUAAUGAAAGUCUAGAAAACUGCUUGAUUUUUUUUUCUUUAAGGUGAGCGCUCGAAUAAGAUUAACUAAUUGCAAUACAUACAGACAUGGAUGAUUACACGAAGGACGAUGUUUCACAGCUGAUCAAGAGAAUUGGGGCUUUUCUAUCCGCCAGAAUGUCCGAAAUAUUAGAUACCCAGGCUUGAUCUUACUGCCUCUAUGAUUUUUAUCGUAAUUUGUGGUGAAAAUGUGAAAUCCGAAUUGGGGUUUUCCCUAUGGUUCCAUGAUGAUGAGAAUUUGAGGUUUGUGAAGAUAAUCGAAAUUGGAAAGGAUUUAAGAUCUGUUUGGGCUUUAGUGGCUGUUGUUUGUACUAUAAUUUUUACAUGGAGGCUACUCUUAGCACCUAGUGGGCCCCAUGGGAGACAACCUAAACCUCAACCUCAACCUCAGCCUUCUUCUCAAGUCAAUACUCAACCAAAUUCAAAUCUCUUGCCUUCAUCAACUCAAACUGUAAUCGAUGACCUUUUUCAACCUGUAAAGCCUACUUUGGGACAAAUAGUUAGACAAAGAUUAAAUGAUGGAAGGAAGGUAACAUGUCGGUUGCUUGGCAUUAUACUUGAGGAAAGUACUCCAGAGGAGCUUCAGAAUCAAGCAACUGUGAGAUCUUCGGUUUUGGAAGUUGUAUUGGAGAUGACAAAGUUUUGUGACCUUUAUCUCAUGGAAACCGUUUUAGAUGAUGAAACCGAAAAAAGGGUUUUAACUGCAUUGGAAAAUGCGGGCAUUUUUACAUCAGGUGGCUUGAUUAAAGACAAGGUUCUGUUUUGUAGCAAAGAAGUUGGGCGGACUUCUUUCGUUAGACAAUUGGAGCCCGAUUGGCAUAUAGACUCAAACCGCGAAAUUUCUUCUCAAUUGGCGAGGUUCAUCAAAUGUCAACUCCACAUUUCACCACUUAAAACCGAGCAAAUUGCUCCAAAUGUUUUCACUUCUUCAUCUUUGGAACAGUUCUUUGGGGUUUGACUUUCUUGAAUAAGUCAACGAUGCAAAUAUGUACUUUUUUUUUUCAGUCUCUUAUAAGAUCCGAUGUAUACCCACAGUCGUGAUGGAUGAUGAUGAUGAUGUAUGUGCAGUAGUUUUGCUUAAAUUUCUAUAAAUAACACUACUUACAUUUCUUUA